AUGUCACAUAUUAUAAUUUCGCUUCCAGAGACCGCAGGUGUUUCGCUUUCUUCCGUGCAACAAUGGCUGGAAACAAGCAUCGACCAGGGUAGUGCUGAAGUUCAUAGCGUUAAAUUACCCGAUUUCAAAGUAGCUACUUUAGACUCCUUAGUGGCGCAAUCAGAAGAACUAUCCAAACUUGAUGGUCAGCUGUACUCAUCUAUUGGGAAAGUCGAAGAGAUUUUGGAUUCAAUUGGGGGAAAAGUCAAUAAAACUGAUAUCUAUGAUGAUCUAGAGAAGUUCAAUUGGAAUGGCGGUAGAUUUCGUUUAAACAAAUCAACUGAUGAAUUAAUCAAAAUGAUAUCAAGCCAGGGUCUACAAUUGGAUGCCGACCUAAGAAACCAAUACCAAUCUUACAUUACUGCAAAAUCCAACCUCAACAAUGUCGAAAGGAAACAAAAUGGUGAUUUAUCUGUUAAAUCGUUGCAUGAUAUUGUCAAGAAAGAUGAUUACAUUGAUAGUGAGCAUCUAACAACGAUUUUCCUAGCUGUUCCAAACUCAUUGGUGAAGGAGUUUUAUAACACCUACGAAACUGCUUCUCCAUUUGUUGUACCAAGAAGUGCAAGACUGCUAAACAGCGAUUCCGAAUUUCAUCUUUUCGCUGUUACUUUAUUCAAAAAAUAUGAAUCUGAGUUCUUACAUGCUGCUAGAGAGAAUAAGUGGAUUCCAAGAAACUUCAAGUAUUCGGAAUCCACAAUUGAGGGUUUGAGAAAUGAAUAUUCUCAAGCUAAGAAGGAUGAAUUCAUCUUAAAGAACGACUUGCUAAGAUUAACUAAGGAAGCUUUUACCGAAAUUUUCUUAUGCUGGUCUCACAUCAAAUUCUUACGGGUUUUCAUAGAGAGUGUUCUAAGAUAUGGUUUACCUCCUAAUUUCUAUUGCUUCGUUCUUAAGCCAAAACAUCUAGAUGCUGCUAAGAAAGAGCUGAUAGAAAAAUUCGGUUAUUUGGGCGGUAAAUCAGGCGCAAAUGAUGAUUUGCAUGAAUACGCAGGUAUCGUGGAUACAGAUUAUGAACCCUUUGUCAUAUAUACUGUUUAG